GGACCUGGGAGGGACAGGCUACCGGCAGGGAGUGAGCCGUGGCUGUGCCUGUGGAGAAGAAAGAGGUUAGACCGCAGGGAGGAGGAGGAGCAGCAGCCAGCCAGCCACUGGCAGGAACCUGGGCAGCUGGAGAGAGCAAGACUCCGGCCAGAGGAUGGUCUCUGUGGGUCUCCAGCUCCUGGGCUAUGUCCUGGGGCUGCUGGGCUUGCUGGGGGCCCUGAUAGCCAUGCUCCUACCCAGCUGGAGGACCAGCUCCUACAUUGGCUCCAGCAUCAUCACCGCGGUCAGCUUCUCCAAAGGCCUCUGGAUGGAGUGCGCCACUCACAGCACGGGCAUCACCCAGUGCGACAUCUACAGCUCCCUCCUCAACCUGCCAGCCGACGUCCAAGCGGCCCAGGCCAUGAUGGCCUCCUCCAUCGCCGUCUCCUUGCUGGCCUCCAUCAUCUGCGUGGUGGGGAUGAGGUGCACCAUCUUCUCUCAGGGCUCCCCCAGCAAGGACAAGUUGGCCGUGCUGGGAGGAGUGGCCUUUGCCCUGGGGGGGCUCCUCUGCUUCAUCCCCAUCGUGUGGAACAUCCACGUGGUGCUCCAGGACUUCUACAACCCCCUCGUCCCCGAGAGCAUGAAGUUUGAGCUGGGGGAAGCCUUGUACCUGGGCAUCCUCGCCUCCCUGCUCUCCCUCAUUGGGGGCUUCAUUCUCUGCGCCUCCUGCCCGCCCCGGGAACCCCACAGCGCCGGCUAUUACCGACCGGCUCCAGCCAGGAACACCCCACUGCCUGCCACCUCCCCAAAGGCCAAGAGUGAGUUCAAUUCUUACAACCUGACAGGCUACGUGUAGCAGCAGCCGGCCUCUGCGGGCAGAGCUACCCGUGGGCCCCACACACAGCCACCUCUUCCUCCUUGGGGGGCCCUCCGACUGAAGAGGUAAGCAGCCACCCGGCAGCCCUCGCUCUUCUUCCCGGGGCUCAACUGGCCAUCCUGAAAGCUCCACACUUCUCCCGGACCGGGCCCAGAGGGCCAUGUGGGACAUUUCUGGCACACCACCGGCAGCAGCUGCAAACCUUUCAGAGUGGCACGCCUGUCAGGAAAGCGAUUUCCCUGCGUCUUGGAGGGACCAAGCAGCAUGACCGGCCGGCCGUCAGCCUCGCCAGGUCACCAAGCUGCUGGCGCUCAGCACAGGACAGACAAGGGGAUAGCCAGGGUCUCCGCCAGGAGCCUCUGGCUGCAGACUCUCGCACACGCGUGUCCCUGCCACAAGACUCUGGGUGGGCGACAUGGAACACAAGGAAGACCAGGCAAGGGGAGAGGAGUCGAGCUGGCUGGGUGGGGUGUGGGUGGCUUUGGGGGAAGCUUGUUGGAACUCAGUGACGGGAGUGGGGUGGGGGAGAGCGGGGCAGGGCUGGUGUUUGAAGCUGGGGUCCAGGAAGAAAUACGGGUGGUGAGCGAGACCAGGGGAUGCAGCAGAAGCCAGCUAGGCUGGGUCGUUGGCCAGAGGAUGCCUCCUCGGAGUUGCCCAGCUGCCCCCACUUUUGCCAGGCCAAGGGCCCUGUGCCCACGCGAGCCCGGGGGGGUGGGGGGGGGGUGGAGAAUGCUGCCACAGUCGCAGACUUCAAAGGGCCAGGACAUGUCCUGGCAGGCAGUGCUCCCUUUGAUCUUGCUGCUUUGAAGAGCUGCUGCCCUUGCGGGUGGGCGGGCAGGUGCCAGAACACUCUGGCCUUGGCAGGUGGCACCAGUCCACAGUCAACAGCCCUGGAAGGAGGUGGGCCGAGGGAAGGGACCCUUCAGUGUGCUUAGGCUGCCUGAUCCACAAGACACCUUUCUGACUGUAGGCUUCGUCAAAGGGGUCCCAAAGGCAGGACUGUCUUGGAGGGGUAAAGCAGCCACAGGACAAAUGAGGGAGCAUAAGGCAGGAUACACAUGAUGAGGCAGGGGUGGGGGGGGGAGCCCUGGGUGGCCUAGUUAGGGGCCUCCAAGGGAGUCAUUAUGGUGCUUUUGCAGAAUUCAAGACCGGCUGUAAUCGCAGGAAUUGCCAGGGUGGGGGCAGGAAUAGGGGGCUGCUUGCUCAGGAGGUGCUUGCGUUUCUGGGAUCGCACAUCUCCCCAUUCAGUCCGGUAGUGCUGGAAAGGAGGGGGAGUGUCCCACAUCUCUCCCCCACUGCAGGUCCCCUGACCUCAUUCUGGGCUGUGAGGAAAGGAAGGCAGGAGCGAUGAAUGUCUCCCAGGUGGAGGUGUCCAGGAUGGGGCCAGGAGAGGUUGAAGACUGCUUCUGUUGUAGCCAUCUGGAGAGCUCUCGCUUUCAUGGUCACUGCAAGCUACUCCCAGCAUCCCUGGACUAUCAAGCAUUUCCCAUGAAAUAAAAAAGAAAUAAAUAACUCUGCUCCGA